AGAUCUCUUACGGUUGAAAAAAAAAGAAUCGCAGCCGUUGUGCUCGGGUGCUACGUGAAGAAGCAGUGGAAUUUAUGCGCGUCUGUUAAAUCAUCUUAGAAACCAUCUCCUAGUUUUACUGAUUUGCUGAUUCAUCAUGUCCGGCUUUCGAUUCGACCGCAAGCCUGAGUGUAUAUUGUGUUUCGUAUAUGUUCCCUUAUAACGAUCUCUGAACUCUGUAGGAGGUGACGGUGGUCCGCCCAGGAGGGACAGGGAUAGAAGCUCGAACGACAGGCGUGGUGGAGAAUCUCAUUUCAACAAGUUUUCCACGGGGAUUGUGACAAAUAAUGCGCUGCGAAAUGCGUGUAGUGGGAGCCAGUUGCUGGCAGGCAGUUGGCAUCCAGUCUUGACUUCGGCCAUGCUGACAAGGAAUGAAUCCAGCAGUUGUCGGAAUACUGCCAACGCAGUUGGUGGUCAUUGGGAUGUGGCCAACGAGGAUGACAGUGUUGUGGGUGAUAGCAGCGGUAGUUCUGCGCUGGGCCGCAGGACAAUCCCAGUCCAGGCCCAACAUAGUGGAUGGAAUGACGUGGGUUUUCAUGGAUCAACAGCCAUCAGAACGCCAAACAUUGACGAUUUGGCUUAUUCCGGAAUCAUGCUCAACAACUACUACGUCAAUCCCAUUUGCACACCUUCUAGAAGCUCGCUUUUGACGGGAAAAUACCCUAUUCACACAGGAAUGGAGCACUCCGUCAUCCUAGAAACUGAGCCUUGGGGACUAGGACUUGAUGAAAUACUGCUUCCAGAGUACUUAGCCCCUCUGGGCUACACACGUCAUAUCGUGGGCAAAUGGCACCUUGGGUUUUUUCAAAAAGAGUACACGCCCACGUACCGGGGAUUUCAGACCCACUUUGGCUACUGGUCUGGGAAGCAUGACUACUGGUCACAUUUCUCUGAAAAAUACAUCUCAAACAAUUUUUUCAUGACUGGUCUCGACAUGCGGCUGAACAUGGAACCAGCUCACAAUACGACCGGACGUUACACCACUGAUCUUUUGACAGAGGCAGCUACUUUGAUCAUUCAACAUCACAAGGUGGACGAAUCCCCGUUGUUCUUGUACUUGUCACACUUGGCUGUUCAUUCAGCAAACAAGGAGCAACCCCUGCAAGCUCCCAAAGAAGUUGUGGACCAAUUUUCUCACAUAAAAGAUGAAAAACGUCGAACAUACGCUGCCAUGGUUGCAAAAUUGGACGAAUCAGUUGGAAGGGUUGUAGAGGCCUUGGCGCAAAAGAACAUGCUCAACAACACGAUCCUGAUUUUUUCAACGGACAAUGGCGGAGCAGCUGCGGGUUUCAACUACAACGCUGGGUCCAACUGGCCUUUACGUGGGGUUAAGAAUACGCGCUGGGAAGGAGGUGUAAAAGGGGUAGGCUUCAUUUGGAGCCCGCUGCUCAAAGUGCAUGGCGUCAGAUCCGACAAAAUGAUGCACAUAGUUGACUGGCUGCCAACCUUACUUUCUGCCGCAGGCGUCAAACGGUCUGACCUUCCGCCAGAUUUGGACGGUAUCAGUAUGUGGGAAUCUUUCUUAGAAGAGCCCAAUUCUGACCAUUCGCCACGAUCAGAAAUGCUCAUCUCACACGAUCCGCUUUAUGGAGUUUCCGUAUACAGAUACGGUUAUUGGAAAAUCUUGAAUGGAACAACCUACGAUGGAUGGUGGGAUGGGUGGUAUGGACCAGCUGAACAAGGAACAUCUCAAGACACGAGUGCAGUUGAAAACGAAAUCCGCAUCAACAACGUAUGGAUAUCCAAAUCCAAGACCAACGAAGUCAGAGAUGCUGCGGCAGACGGGUCCCCAAGAAUCAUCUCUCAGGUGGAAGAAGCCUUACAGGGAGCUGGCUUAUGGAGCUACAGCUACAGCGACUCGAUCCCCUUUAAAAUAGAUUGUGGACAAAAAGUGCUUCCACGCAUGGGGACUCCUUGCAAUCCCUUGCAUGGACGCCCGUGCCUGUUCCACAUCAAAGAAGAUCCAUGCGAAUACCACAAUUUGGCGGAUUUUUACCCCAACAUCGUGGAUAGUUUGUGGAAACGAAUGAUGACGAUUGCAGCCACGGCAGUUCCAGCAAGGAACCAGCCACACGAUCCUGAAGCAAACCCGGCAAAGCGUUGUUAUUUAUGGUCCACGUGGCGAUCUCCAGAGGUAGCUUUUUCA